AUGGAAAAUUUAAAGUUCGAGUUACCGUUAUCAUUCACCCCUAAGUCAGGAGAUCGUCGGAGCAAAAAUGGGAAGGACCAAACCCCAGUGCCGAGACCAGUUUUUCAUGUCCAGAAAACGCCCAAGAGCUUGUCGAUCAAGCGAUCCAAGCGGUCCAGAAUGGAGCAAAAUGGAGAGGAUUUCGAGGACGGAGGAUCUGCUUCUAAAAAGUCCCUCUCAUCUAAGCGUCUCUUGCUCAGUAACCAGCUUGCCCGAAGACGACUUGACUUGGGAACACCGAACUCGCUCCAUGGAGAUGGAACAGCCAAGGCUAUCUCUUUCGAAACCCCUAACACACCCCUACUCUACCAAAGCAGCUACGUCCCGCGAAAGGACAAGGACUACUUUGAUCAAUUCUUCAGGAAGAUCAGAGAGCUUGGAGAGGGCGACUUCGGCCAGGUCUUCGAAGCCGAGAAGAAAACUGAUGGCAAACGAGUAGCGAUAAAGAAAAGCCACCAAGUGUACCUAUCUGUCUACCAGCGCAAGCAGAUGUUGCAGGAAGUCCAGGCUCACGAAGCGAUUCCACCGCACGUAAAUUUGUUAAAAUUCGAACAAGCUUGGGAGGAGAAAGGCUUCCUUUACAUCCAGACCGAGCUAUGCCAAUGCUCUCUUCAGCACUACAUGGAUGAAAAGCCUGUUGAUGAUGUGAUGGCGUGGAACUUAAUGUGUGACAUUCUGACUGGUCUUGCUCACAUCCACGACCACCAGUACAUCCAUCUCGAUAUAAAGGCUGAUAACAUCCUCAUUGGACAAGAUGGUCGAUAUAAAAUCGGCGACUUUGGGCUUCUCACAAAACUCGACGGCAAGAACAGAGAUCUUACCGAGGGUGACAACAGAACGCUUGCUCCUGAGCUACUCAAUAACGAGUACACCACGAAAGCUGAUGUAUUCAGCCUUGGGAUAACUGUUCUUGGCGCGAUUUGCGACAUUGAGCUUCCCAAAAAUGGCGAUCUCUGGCAAAAGUUCCGCAGCGGCGAUCCCUUCUCAGACUGGGGAGAGACGCCCAAGCCCUUCAUAAAUGUCGACAUGACAGACAUGAUUCUAAAGAUGCUCGAGCCCGAUCAUCUGAAGCGACCCUCCUGCAGAGAACUUCUGCAGAGUAAUAUCAUGAGGAGAAUGCUCGAUUGGCAGAAAGAUUUUCUCAAGAACAAGUCUCCCUUGAGGGUGCCGAGCACUCCUCGCAAAAAGAACAUCUUUGAAAAGAUCAAGGAACCUUUCGUGAGCAUAAUGAGCAUGUGGAGAGGCAAACCCAAGGUUCAUCAGGAUGAGACUCUUACUCUCCUCCUUACACGCAGGGCUACCAACAAUAACCCUGAAGAUGCCAACAACAUGAGUCCUGGCAUCUACAGGCAAAGAUCGCCUGCAAUAACGCCUUCUUCGAAUCGCCGUCCAGCCUCACUCACCGGCAAUCGAACCCCACUCUGCGGCAGUCCGAUGAAAAGUCCGGCUGUCAGUCCACUUUCAUCUCGCCAAGAGAAACCCGAAAAAGAGGAGGAAGAAAGCGUCGCAGCGGAUAUGUCGUUCACCGAGUGCACGCCCGAAGCCGAGUCAAAGUCAAGCUUGAAAUGCUCCGUCUCAAAGAACCUAUUCGGCGCCUUCGACGACUUGUCUAGCGACGAAGAGCUCUUCUGA